AUGAACCAUCACUUUUCAGGCUUCUCGUACUAUGCCAAGGCCGCAUUUCUCACGCCAGAGUACUACCAGACUUUGCUGGACCACUACUGGAGGCGCUCAGGAACGACAUUAUAUCGGCCGGAUCAACUUCACGCUUGUUGUGUUCACUACACUCUCCGGCUGGACUCCACCCAGUUCAAGCCUACCCGGGAUCAGCGUCAGACGGUAAACCGUUUCAACAAGUACGUGACGGGCGAGGCUUAUGCUACGGAAGCGGCCCGUCUCCACCCGCGGUCGCGUGAGCAAGCCAAGAAGCGGGAUUCUGAGUUUGAACUGGUCGAGAGGAUCCAUGAAGCGGAGUACGAGACCCUGCAGGUGCCGCCGGAACCCGCCCACAAGUUCUCCGUGACGCUGGAAGACGACGACUUCACCGAGGAGAAGUAUCUCGUCUAUGAGAAUUAUCAACGCGUCGUCCACAAGGAGCAGCCGGCAGACAUCACGCGACGCGGAUUCAGGCGCUUCCUGUGUGAAUCUCCCCUUCAACGCAAGACCAUCAGAAACGCAGAUGGUAAAGAGCAGGUUCUGGGCUCUUUCCAUCAAUGCUAUCGCAUAGAUGGCAAGCUGGUGGCCAUUGGUGUGCUAGACCUGCUUCCUCACUGUGUCAGUGCCGUUUACUUCCUCUACCACGAAUCCAUUCACAAGCACGCCCCUGGGAAGCUCGGCGCAAUUCGCGAAAUCGCUUUAGCCCGGGAAGCUGGCUAUAGAUACUGGUAUCCCGGUUUCUACAUCCACACUUGCCCGAAAAUGCGGUAUAAGAUGGACUAUACACCACAGUACAUCUUGGACCCAGAGACGCUGGCUUGGGAUCUUAUGGACAAGCGGGUGACGGAUCUGCUCGAUAAAAAGCCGUAUCUCAGCCUUUCGAAAGAAGUGGAGGAUCCCGCGUGCCCCAACGUGGGCGGAGAUGCCACCCAGGAGGAAAAGCAUGGCGAGGCAAGCGUCGAGCCUGACAACAUGGACGAAGAUGACUAUGACGACGAUGACACGUUCCUGUUCAAUACGGGCAUGCCAGGAGUCAUGACCCUUGGUGAGGUUCGCGACCUCAUCGAGAUGGACCACCUCAGGCUGCGGAUUGACGGGUCCGGCACGCUCUUCGAGACGGGUGACUUGGUUGCCUGGCAUCGUCAAGACAUCGGCACCAGCGGCUGCCUAAAAGCCGGCAUCGCUGAGUUGAUUGCUGCCUUGGGACCUGACCUGUUGGAGGGUCUCGUUGUGGACUUUUGGAACCCAGGCCUUUAA